AUGGAGCAAGGGCUGGAGGUGGCUCUCACAGACCUCCAGAGCUCCUGGAACAAUGUGCAGCACCACACAGAGGAGAUCAGCUCCGAACGACUCCUGGUUCGCCGGGGCCAGGCCUUCAACAUCACUCUGUACUUCAGGAACCGGGGCUUCCAGCCAGUCCUGGACAACAUCAUCUUUGUGGCUGAGACUGGACCCCUACCAGACCUGUCCAAUGGGACUCGAGCCCUGUUCAGCCUCGCAGGUCAUCAUGGCCCCAGCCCAUGGAUUGCCUCUCUGGAGACCAAUGGGGCCAGCUCCCUGGAGGUGAGCUUGUGUGCCCCUCCCACAGCAGCCGUGGGCCGGUAUCUCUUGAAAGUUCAUAUUGACUCUUUCCAGAAGUCUGUCACAGCCUACCAGCUCGGGGAGUUCAUCCUGCUCUUCAAUCCCUGGUGCCCAGGGGAUUCUGUCUACUUGGACAGUGAGCCCCAGAGGCAGGAGUAUGUCGUGAAUGAUUACGGCUUCAUUUACCAAGGGAACAAGAACUGGAUCCGCCCAUGUCCCUGGAACUAUGGACAGUUUGAAGAGAAUAUCAUUGACAUCUGCCUGGAGCUGUUAGACAAGAGCCUGAACUUCCAGAUCGACCCAGCUAUAGACUGUGCGCUGCGGGGAAGCCCCGUCUACAUCAGCAGAGUGGUGUGUGCCAUGAUUAAUAGCAACGAUGACAAUGGGGUGCUCAAUGGAAACUGGAGUGAGAAUUACUUAGAUGGCAUCAACCCUGCAGAGUGGACCGGCAGUGUGGCCAUCCUGAAACAGUGGCAUGCCACGGGCUGUCAGCCAGUGCGUUAUGGGCAGUGCUGGGUCUUUGCUGCCAUCAUGUGCACAGUAAUGAGGUGCCUAGGGAUCCCCACCCGUGUAAUCACCAACUUUGACUCUGGGCACGACACAGAUGGAAACCUGAUCAUAGAUGAGUAUUAUGACAGCACGGGAAGGAUCUUGGAGAAUAAGAAGAAGGACACUGUCUGGAAUUUUCAUGUGUGGAAUGAGUGCUGGAUGGCCCGAAAGGACCUCCCUCCUGGAUAUGGAGGCUGGCAGGUGCUGGAUGCCACCCCUCAGGAGACAAGCAAUGGCCUCUACUGCUGUGGCCCGGCCUCUGUCAGAGCCAUCAAAGAGGGAGAGGUGGAUCUGAACUAUGACACAGCCUUUGCCUUUUCCAUGGUCAAUGCUGACUGCAUGUCCUGGCUUGUCUACGGAGGGAAGGAGCAGAAAAUUCACCGGGACACUAAUACUGUUGGCAAUUUUAUCAGCACCAAGAGCAUUCAAAGUGAUGAGCGAGAUGACAUCACAGAGAACUACAAAUACAUAGAAGGUUCCCCCCAGGAGAGGCUGGUGUUUAUGAAGGCCCUUCAGAAGCUGAGGGCUGGAAGGUCUGAAGACCCCCACAAAGAAGACUCAGUGCUACUGAACGGGGACAGCUCUCGGAGUCUUCAUAUGCCUUCCCUUAGGCCCAGUGAUGUCAUCCAGGUCUCCUUGAAAUUCCAGCUGCUCGACCCGCCCAAUAUGGGCCAGGACAUAAGGUUUGUCCUGCUGGCCCUCAACAUGUCACUCCAGUUCAAGGACCUCAAAGUGAACCUGAGUGCCCAGUCCCUGCUGCAUGAUGGCAGCCCCCUGCCCCCUUUCUGGCAAGACACAGCCUUCAUCACACUCUCUCCUGAAGAAGCGAAGACCCAUUCUUGCAGAAUUCCCUAUUCCCAGUAUGGCCCGUACCUGUCAACAGACAAGCUGAUCCGCAUCAGUGCCCUGGGCGAAGAGAAGAGCAGUCCAGAAAAGAUCCUGGUGGACAAGAUCAUCACCUUAGCUUAUCCAGGCAUCAUGAUUAAUGUUUUAGGAGCCGCCGUUGUGAACCAGCCACUCUCCAUACAGGUGCUGUUUUCAAACCCCCUCUCAGAGCAUGUUGCAGACUGUGUACUGACUGUAGAAGGAAGUGGUCUCUUCAAAAAACAGCAGAGAGUCCUCAUUGGAGUCCUCAAACCUCAACACAGGGCCAGCAUCACUCUGGAGACUGUCCCCUUCAAGAGUGGCCAAAGGCAGAUCCAAGCUAAUCUGAGGAGCAACAAGUUUAAGGACAUCAAGGGUUACAGGAAUAUCUACGUAGACUUGAGGUUAUAAAUUUUGGAACAGUGAAUUGAAAGCACAGAUUUUAAGCUUCAGAAGGAGCAAGUUCAAAUGCAAGCUGUGCUACUCCCCACCACAACAAAGGAUUUGCAGGGGUUCCGAAGUAAGCAACAGAGGAGAUGUCAGCAGUGGAUAGUCCCUUGGACCAUUUGCACAGCUUGCAAGGAGUCUGAUCAGAGUCCAGGGAGUCUAUGGCAUCCAAUCAAGAAGUGUGAGAUAACACUCAGAGGUCUGAGAAUAGUGGUUGGACUUGGCCAUGACUUACUACCCCCGCAGAAGAUUGACUGAGCAGCUUGCUGUCAUUUUGUCAUUGCAGUGGCUAAUGCCCUAGACCCAAUAAAUUUUAGUCCUUGUUCUCA